AGUACUGUACGGAAUGAAGCGUAAACAGCGAAGAAACCACCUCAACCAAUCAGAGUCCUGGAAUCAGAAACACUUCCUGUUUCUAGACAGUCCUUUGAAAAACAAACCAAAAUUACAUGCGUUUUAAUGGCAAUGACACGAUAGCUAAAUCAUGUAUGUACUACAUUGUUCUAGGCAAUUUGUCUCUCAGAUACUUUCACAUAAUGUUCUUCGAGGGUAUACUGGUGUCGUUAGAGGUGCAUGUUUAAUUUCAAAAGCGCGACGCAGCACAACAUUUUUGUAUCGACGUUAUACAUGUCUUGCCUCUCAACAAAUGCAUCCACAUCUCUCUGCAUUUUACAACGGUAUUAGACGAUAUUACGCCGAUUUACAUAAUGAAGAGAAUGUUUUGAAGUCGGACAGCCCUGGCAAGCUUCUGGCACAACAAGAUGAAUAUGAGAUGCAGAGUGACUCAAGCCAAAGAAACCCACAGGAGGACUUUAACAUCAGCGUGUUGGUGUCCCUGCUGCGCCAGGAGAAUGCAGCAGACAUCUGUGUCAUCAAGGUGCCUGAGGACAUCAAGUACACAGACUACUUCAUCGUUGUCAGCGGAUCCUCCUCAAGACACCUCCGUGCCAUGGCCCUCUACGCCAUUAAAGUGUACAAAUAUAUGAAGAAAGAUGGGGACCCACAUGCCAACAUUGAGGGAAAGGAUGCAGAAGACUGGAUGUGCAUUGACUUUGGAAGGAUGGUGGUCCACUUCAUGCUACCAGAGACCAGAGAGGUGUAUGAACUGGAGAAGCUGUGGACACUACGUUCUCUUGAUGAACAGUUGAGCUCCAUCCCUGUUGAGACGCUCCCAGAGGACUUCAUAUACGGAGCCGAUGUCAAUGUCACCAAGUGACUCAACAAUUAAAGAACUGUUGAAACUG